CGGCUCCAGGGCGACCUCGAGAGCUCGGGCGAGAUGCAGCUUUCCGAGCCCAAAGCCUGUUCCUGGCCCCGCCCCCGCCGGGCGGCUCCGCUAGCCCGGCCCCCACGCCGGCGCCCUCCAGGGCGAGGCUCCGCCCCCCACGCCAGGCACGUCGGGACACGUUGGGGCUCCCGUUGCUGCGCUCCCAGACGGAAGAAGCGGAUUUGAGGGCCGGUGGCCUGUGAGACGUGCGGUCUGGCGUCCCCUCCUCUCUCGCUGGGUCGCGCGGGAACGGAGGAUGCCGCGGGAGCCCCUCGGGGCGGUCUCCGGGCCGCCCCAGCUGCGCUCUAUGAACACCCGGCAGCCCUCCUGCGUGAUCUUCUGUAACCGCACGCGCCGCCAGGUGCUCCCCUUCUGGGUCAACUUCGAGGGACACCCGACGGCCUACCCGCUGUUGCUGCCCGGCACCGGCCGCAGGAUGACCAGCUACCUGGGUCAUUUUUGGUUAUUCAGAGAUGCAAAUACAGGUGAUGGACUUCUUGUUAACCAGACAGAAUUAUUUGUGCCAUCUCUCAAUGAAAAUGGACAGCCUGUUUUUGCCAAUAUCACACUCCCAGUUUAUACUUUGAAAGAGAGAUGUCUUCAAGUAGUUCGGUGUCUGGUCAAGCCUGAGGACUAUCGGAAACUGGACAUCGUGAGGUCACUGUAUGAUGAUCUGGAAGACCAGCCAGAUAUCCAGAAGGACCUUCGGAGACUUGCACUGGAGUACCUUGAGAAUCAAGCGGAUGGAGAUUGAGAGAGGCAUUCCUGAGUUUGUGCUGUGGAAGGCAGUGAAUGGUUUUACCUAGCCAUGGUACUGUGACCUGUCCAUUUCAGAGUAUUUUGCUCUCAAGAAGUAAAAUUUCAUUCCAAUGGUAGAUCACAUUUAAACUCUGUAAUUGAGAUGGUGAGCUGUCAUUGGAUUCUCUAAGCCUUGUGAUGUUCAGGAACACAAAAUUCAUUUUAAUGAGUAUUCUCAUCUACCUUCUGGUGACGUGGCUGUUGUUCAGUGGUCUGAAUGCUCUAACUAAUAAGAUGCAAACUUUCUCGAAUAGGGAUACCCUAAAAUUUUGAACCAGAUAAUUGUUAUAGUAUCUUCCAGCUCUAACUAUAUGAUCUACUCUGGUUUAUGAAGUUAAGACUAUGGCCUUAGAGGGCUUUGGCUUAGUUUAACCUAGUUCUUACUCUGUAAGGCAGUAUUGUACAUACAUAAUCCAUUUGUUUUCCUUUGUGGAAAAUGAGGAUUUACCUAGAUGAGUUGUAUUGGACCUGAAAUAUAGAAUUAAAAAACAUUUAUAUGAGAAAAUUAUUUUAUAUGAAAAAAAUCAAGAGGAAUGUUUAAGGGAGAUGAUUAAGUGUCUGUCUCAGAAUUGUUCAUAUACAAGGUUAUUUUGUUGGGGAAAAGCACAUUACUAUAAAUACUAAAUAGCUUUUAAUAACGAGUUAUUUAUUCAAAAGUGUUCGGGAGCUUUUUGUGGGUGGGAUUGUAAAAACUAAUCUUUUCAUUUUGUGAGACAGUCACCUUUUAGACGUCACUUAGUAAUUUUGUUAAUUUUUUUUUAAAAACAGGACAACAAUACUGUGUUUCUAAACUGUGACUGUCUUGAAUUAUGGGUUGGUUUCUGCACAGUGAACAAGGGGGUGUUAUCAAUAUUUAUAUUUCAUAGCCUUAAGAAAUGACUAUGAAGGCAAGAACUUCAUAGAACUUUGAAUAUUGUUUGUAGUUUUCUUUUUUAUGAUAAUAUUCACUGAUACCAUCAUAUUUCACAAAGCACAAUAUUUUAAUCAUCCACUGUAAUUUUUCUACCUAAGAAAAUGCUUUUGUAUUUUUUGUUUUUAUACUGUGAGUUUUAAAGGAGAGAGAGUGUGUGUGUGUGUGUGUGUGUGUGUGUGUGUGUGUGUGUGUGUGUGUGUAGAUGGUGAAUUUACCUCAAUUUAUCUCUUAUAACUUCUUUGUUGUUAAUGUGACUUAAUUUCAUUAACUUCAGGCCCUCCGAGAGACAAUCCAUAAAGGCUGAUGUUGGAUUUUCCUUUUCCCAUGGUAAUGGAUCACCAAAUACUGACUAUUGGACCCAGAGUUCUUGAACUCUAACUUAUUAGGGAGUCAGAGUAAGAAUCAGAGGCCAAAUGAAAUAUCGAGAAGUCAUUCCACCAUAACUUUAUCUUUUAAGUCCUAGAGCAUUUUGUUUCCAGUGUUUCCUAAUCUUUCUCAUUUUCUUUCAUGUCUAAUUGUCUCUUUCUCCCUAUGGCUUAUAGCAUGAACUGAAGAUCCAUGCAUUUUAGAAGUGGGAAGUUUGCAGCACUGGUGAAAAGGGCAGAAUUAUGCAUAUUAAAAUGGAUAGGGACUAUUUGGGGGUCUGAACCAGGAUUGGUGAGUUUAUUCUUAGUUUCCUUCUUCAGAAACAGUGGGGCAUCAUGAGUUCAGGACACUGACAGGCUCUAGACAAGUCAUUUAGAGGCCUCUGUGCCCUGGUCAGGUAGGACAGUGAUAAAGAAGGCCAUGGCCUACUCUUUCAUCUUCCAAGUCCCAGGUCUUGCCUCCAGCUCAGCUCCUCCCCUCCUCCCAUAUUCGCUUAAAGCCUCUAUCUGAUGUUCGUCCUUCCUUUACAAUGAUUUUUUUUUUCUUUUGUGGAAUCAUACAAUUUAAAUAUAAUUUCUGAUAUGGGCUGUCCAAGGAACACCGGCUGCCUGGGCAUGUAGCAUCAUCUGUUUGUAUUUCUGUGACUCUUAUUGUUUUUAUUGAGAGUGUUCAAUUUUUGUCUUGUCUACAAUUUGACAUUUAACAAUACUGAGCAGAAUAAAGAGAAUUGGGUCCAUGGA